CCUCCACAGCAGGACGUCAUGUUGGAUCCAGCUGUUGCAGUCGCGCGCAUCGUUACCUUUAAGAUGAUAAAGACUUGAAUGAUCUAAACCCGACCUAGACCCGACACCAUCUUUAGUUCUCUGUUAGACUUAUAUCCGGGUCAGCCCCCAGACCGGGUGCACUGUGGAGGAUCUAUUGAUCAGAAGGAGGAAAUUAAAGCUGCGCUCAUUCUAAAUGUCGGAUCUCAUUUUGUGUCGGCCAACAGAGAAGCGGCGGCGGGGGCGAGGGGGACGAGCCGGGACCAGGAGGGACCAGGACCAGACCACCGGGUCCGUGAGGAGGGUGCUCACACAAAAUACUUUCCCUUUAAAGCAGAGAGGGACAGAGGGGGUGAAGAAGAGAUAAAAAAAAGAAAAGGAAGAAAGACAGAGAGGGAGGGAGGGCGAGAGGGAGCGAGGGAGAGAGAGGGAGAGAAUCUGAAAAAAAGAGAAAGAUGUCAUCCUGUCGAUCCAAACAGCGAGGCGGAGCCACGGACCGAGGCCGACCACACGCUCUGUAGCCCGGGGACGCUCCGUACGCAACACCGAGGCUUCGGAGGAGACGCUGCGGCCUUUUUUUUGGAGCUAUCGCAAAUAAAGACUCUCUCUGCUGCUGACUAUGAUCAGCUCGACUUCUCAGCUUCUGUAAAGAGACUCUCUAUCUUCUGCAUGCAGUUCACCACAUUUUGUUACAGUAGACAUAAGCAAAUGAUAUUAAAAUGCACCAUUAAAGCAAGCAAGCAUGAUACCAACCAUUCUGUCGCAUUUACAGACUCAUCCUGUCAGUGUCUGCCAACAGACUGCCACGAUCACUAAGAACUCAUUGUGAUCAUCAUUCAGUGUCAGGUGAUUAAAGCUGCUUGGUGGUCAGAUCUAUGUCCAUGCAUUAACCCGGGUAGCUGCAGGAGAGAAGCUGCACAGGCCUCAGGUUGUUUUCAGAGCAGCAGCAGUACUUGGAACAUUUCUUGUCGGGCUCGGUUCCCCUCCUCCCUCUCCCCCCCUUUUUGAUCCCGGACUGCUCAGCCUUUGGUCCCCGCAGUGUUCCAGGAUGGACACCUCCUGGAGUAAUUUCCUCUUUCAGACGCCGUCGACUCAGAGCCAGCCGGACACGCCUCUUCAGUCCGAGCUGCUGCCUGAGCUGACCGCUCAGAGUCCCCCAGCAGAGCACAUAGUGACGCCGCCAUCCACCGUCGACACCGCCGCCCUGAGCGAGGAGCCUCUACCUGUCAAACCACUCACCAAGCCGAGCCGGCCGGCCCACAUCUGUGCCACCUGCAACAAGGAGUUCAAGAACAGCUACAACCUGCGGCGGCACCAGUCCGUGCACACGGGGAUCAAGAUGAAAGACCGGGUCGCCCGAGAGAAGGAGGACGGAGGGAAGGUGGCACGGGUGGAGAAGCAGACCAUCCCUCUCUCCUUACUUCAGCUCACUCUGCCCCCUCAGCCAGUCUCUCUUCCUCCACCUCCCCCCACCACCACCAUCGCCCAAGACCCCCUCCCUCAGCCCGGUCAGCACACCAACCAAGAGAGCCAGCAGAUCUCUGUGUCCAUCGCCCCGGCCACGGUCACGAUGGCUGCACCGCCGCAACCCAUUCAGGCAGCUGUUGUCGUCGUGGGCUCGAUGGAGCAGAACCCAAACCCCAAUCCCAGUCCCAACACCAACCAGGUGAGGAAGAACCACGCCUGCGAGGCCUGCGGGAAGGCCUUCAGAGACGUCUACCACCUCAACCGUCACCGACUGUCCCACUCGGACGAGAAGCCGUACUCCUGCCCGAUCUGCCAGCAGCGCUUCAAGAGGAAAGACAGGAUGAGCUAUCACGUGCGCUCGCACCAAGGCGGCGUGGAGAAACCUUACAUCUGUCCUCACUGCGCUAAGGCUUUCUCCAGACCAGACCAUCUCAACAGCCACGUUCGACAGGUGCACUCUACAGAGAGACCGUUCAAGUGCACGACGUGCACGUCAGCGUUCGCCACGCGGGAUCGUCUCCGCGCCCACCUGAUCCGUCACGAGGAGAAGGUUCCAUGUCACAUCUGUGGGAAGCUGCUGUCUGCUGCGUACAUCACCGACCACAUGAGGGUCCACAACCAGUCGCAGCACCACCAGUGUCACCUCUGCAACCGCAGCUUCACCACCCUCACCUACCUGCGUGUCCACGCCCAGAAGCACCACGGCCAGGAGUGGAAGGAGAGCGGAGGGGCGCGGGGGGGCUUUGGUGGGACCGGGGCCGGUGGGGUGCUGCUCUGCCAGCUGUGCGGGGUGCAGUGCAAGACAGCCACGCAGCUCCAGGGUCACAUGGGCACCCACGCCAACCAGGGUGACCCUAACCCAGACCCAACGAGCUCAGGUCCCGUGGGCACCACCAGCGUGGCUGUCACUGUGUCCAGCGCUAGCACAGUGGGACUGCUGGUAACUGACUGCUCCAGUAUCGCCCCCCAGCCUCACAGCUAGCAUGCUGGGAGGGUGAGGGGAGGGGGGGGCGGGGCCGGGGAUGGUGGCAGGGAAAAUGGUAAAAUAAGGACGUGUGGAGGAGAGGACCGAGAGACAGCAUACAAUCCAGACUGCCAGAAGUGGAGACGGGACGGCAGAGCCUGCCGUUGAAAUCAUCCUUCCUCCACAGCAUCACUCAUGACUUCAUGAGGCCUUUACGGACCUUUUGUCUGUUUCAGUGAAGCCCAGCGAGAGAGCGAGAGAGCGAGAGAGAGAGAGAGAGAGAGAGAGAGAGAGAGAGAGAGAGACUGGUUAGGGUUAGGGAUGAGGUCCGGAGAGAGAGAGAGAGAGAGAGAGAGAGAGAGAGAGAGAGAGAGAGAGAGAGAGAGAGAGAGACUCUUAAUACCUGCACAUGUUACAUACUGUACAAUGUCCUCCAAGUCAGAUACCAGAGAAGAGACUGCAGAUAAGAGGAUUAGAAAACAUCUGCUCAUUCAUUAGAAAGAAAAUUAAUGUGUAUUUUUUAUUAAUAUGGCUUUAGCACUUAGCUGUUUCUAUUUGCCAUGAUGUCAUUGUUUUGAUUUCGACUAACUUGCACAGCCUGUCAUGAUUGUGUAAAGCUGUUGCUGUUUUGGAUGAUUUAUACUUCAUGAUAUCAGUGUUUGUUUAUGAUAGGGACCUGAGCGCCUCGGCUUCACGUUGACAUGAUUUUUCUCAGUUCCCCCAUAAUUUAUAGCAAAACAGUCUCCAGUUUGCCUUUGUCAGAUUCCUCAGAGAAGCAUUUAACAGAUCAUGGGAACAGCUGUUUCAGAUGGGCCAUCAUGUAUAUAAUUAUAUGUAGCUGAUAAAGGCAAACUAAUACUUGUUUGUGUAUAUUCCCCAUGAACAUUGAAUGUGCAUAACUUUCUCUGCUUCAUAUGAUCUUCGCUCUUACUCUGGAUGCUGGUUUGUAAUUCUUAAAGGUAAAUUGUACUUUGUAGCUACCUUGGUGACACAUUUUCUGUGGCUGUGCAUAUUGAUUGUACUCGAUGCAUAGUGCAUACCGCCUCGUUACUACCGUAUUAAAAGCAGUAAAAUGCAU